AUGCAACCGUUCAGCGACAGUCUGAGCAAAAGUCGCGAUGAUCUGGUCAAUGUCGCCGCUGCCGCAUCCCGGCAACAACAACAACUUUACGGCCGGAGGAGACACCACGGCAGCAGUCCCAAUCUCUCCCUGGAUCAAACGGACAACCUGCGAAGGAGCAUGGCUUGCCUGCAAGAUGAGUUCGGUCACCUAGGCCUCUCCGCCACAGACCUGCCCUUCAAGUCCCCCGAUCUGGACUCCUCGCCACGGCUGCAGCAUCACAACAACUAUGCGGAGAUCACGGACAGCAGUGCGGAGAACACGUGCCAACAGCGGUGGCCACCCCACGUGGGAGGGGCGGCGGCGGCCUUUGGGCAUCCGGACAAGCCGAUCGGCUGGAUGUACGGGCUCCUAGGGUGCAUGAAGCCCGUGCUCUCGUUUAUCGGGAAGUCGGGAGUGAUCGAGGUGAAGAGUCAGCGCAGCGAGGACUGGCAGAUUCCCUUUGAGUCCAUCACGGACUUGGAGUGGCUCGGGAGCGGAGCCCAGGGAGCCGUCUUUAGUGGCAAGCUAAAAAACGAGAUUGUGGCUGUCAAGAAGGUGAAGGAACUCAAGGAAACAGACAUCAAGCAUCUAAGGAAGCUCGAUCAUGAGAACAUUAUUAAGUUUAAAGGAGUUUGCACGCAAUCGCCGGUGUUCUGCAUCAUCAUGGAGUUCUGUCCAUAUGGACCACUGCAAAACAUAUUGAAGGAGGAGCAAGUCAUGUUACCGUCCCGCUUGGUCUCUUGGUCCAAGCAAAUCGCCCUAGGCAUGCAGUAUCUGCACUCCCACAAGAUCAUACACAGAGAUCUGAAAAGUCCCAACAUACUGAUUAGUACAAAUGAGGUGGUCAAGAUCAGCGACUUUGGCACGAGUCGCGAGUUCAACGAGAUCAGCACCAAGAUGAGUUUCGCCGGCACAGUGGCCUGGAUGGCACCGGAGGUGAUCCGGAAUGAACCGUGCUCCGAGAAGGUGGACAUCUGGUCGUACGGCGUGGUGCUCUGGGAGAUGCUUACCUGCGAAAUACCCUACAAGGAUGUCGACUCAUCCGCCAUUAUCUGGGGUGUGGGCAACAACUCGCUCAAGCUGUUGGUUCCGAGCACCUGUCCGGAGGGAUUCAAGCUGCUCGUCAAGCUGUGUUGGAAGAGCAAGCCCCGCAACCGCCCUUCGUUCCGGCAGAUUCUCUCGCACUUGGACAUCGCCGGCCCGGAACUCCUACGAAAAACAGAAAAGCAAUAUUUCGAGACCCAAAAGUCUUGGAAGGAGGAGGUCAGAUCGCACCUGAAGGAGAUUACCCAAAACGGAACUAGCAUACACAAGUACGAGCAAGAUCUGAUUAAGCGGCGCACGGCAGAGUGGCGACAUGCCCAGGACAUCCGAAUGGUGUACGAGGAGAAGCUGCAGAAGACUAACCAGCUGUUCUUCGAGCUCAGCGAGUGCAUGUCCCAGUUGCAGGAGAAGGAGAAGGAAAUCGCAGAGCGUGAACGGAAGCUACCUGGCAGUGGCUACAAACCGACGAGACGUUUGGGAAAUACACUCAGAAAAAUGCAGCACUACCGCCGACGACUGAACGCUGCACCGGCUGCCCUUCAACAACAAUCAACGACGCCCGAUCCAGAAACCACUCCGGAGUCUCCUGUGAAGUGCAUGCUAUAUGCACAACUGGACAGCAAUUGCCAGCCCAAAUCGUAUCUGGCCAACAUCAUCCCGGGCAGCGGCAUGGGUGGCACAAUGCCAAACAAAAACAAGAAGAACUUCCGGCAUCGACGCAAUGGCUCCGGAUCCUUUGGCGCCCCACCCAAAUACAGUCCGACGCGAGAUCGCCGCUACCAGAGCGAGCCGGAGAACCGAAAGGUGCAGCUGGUGGAGCGGCAAACACAAACGGACGCCAUGGAUGUCAGUGAAACGGACAUCAGUCCCAGCGCAGAAGCUCCCCGAUCUCAGCCCAUCGACGUGUCAGCUCUGAACCAUCGCCAACUGCCGCUGCAACUGCAGAGGGUGCAGAAAAUUGCUCAAGCCCAGGCGAGGGCUCGAAGCGGAAGCACAUCAUCCGCCGCUGGCGCCCUGAACCCCGCCUGUCCGUCGAACGGCAACUCGCUGAGCACCAGCGAGCUGACCUACCAGGAUGCCUGCUCUAGUCCUGACCAGCUCAUCGACGAUGUCAUGAAUAGCAACGAGCGACUGGACAUAACCGAGUGCUGCAGCGACAACGAAAACCUGGAGCGCCUGGGCCGCAAAGUCAUCGAAUUCAUCAAUGAGAACCGCCUGUCCAUUCAGUCAAACACGAACUCCAACUGCAAUACCGAGAAUGGAAACGGAGGAGGAGGAGCCUCGCCUGUGGAACUGCGGGAGAGCGGCAACAGUCCAUGUUUGAGUCGGUGCAGCAGCACGCACAGCAAGCGGCGGAAACAACCACUGGGGGAUAAUCCCAACGGCAGUUCGAUAAGCAAUGCCAACGGAGAGUCCCACGAGCAGGAUAGCUGGUCGGAUGAGGAGGGUGAAACCACGGACUGCAAGUACGCCCUGAGGAGAAAGAGCUUUGGCCGCCUGCCCAUUGCUCGUGGUAUGCGACCCCGCCGCAGCUACAAGGCUCCACUCUCCCAGAAGAUUGCCAUUCACAAGCGCAAUGUUGUCAUAGUCUCCGACGAGGAGGAGAACACCUCGGAGUACAGCCACUCGCCCUCCAGUCAGCACUCGACGUUGGAGAGCAACACGGACAUAGCGGACAUGAAGAAAGCUCAGGCCACAUCCACCUCAACCAACAGCUACAGCGAGCCCGAAGACGAUUCAAGUGAUUCCAGCGAUGACGAGCAGGGGAAUCGGGCCGCGAAAACCACGGUUGAAGGCCAAGCAUUGCCGAUGGGCGCCGUGCGAAGCAGCGAUAUUAUAUCCAUACCUACUUUCGAGGCUGAUGGCGCCGUCAAUAUGGUCUAACCUAGUACGAUAUCUAGCCUAAGUGAGAACUCCUAAACAAACCCCGAAACUAGAGUUGUCCACGUUAGGCAGCAAAAACUAUCUCUUAUAUACUCAACGAGAAAUCGCCCCAAAUUGUAUGGUAUUAUCUAUGUUCAUGUCCAGAUCUAAAACUCCUUCAAUUUAUAUGUACCCGUGUAAGUGAAAGACCGUCUCCAAGCGUUGACCGUUUCGGAGGAUUUGAUUUCAGAUAGACAAAGCCUUUUGGGUUAGGGGCAAUCUUUAUUCGUGUCGUACUCGUAUCACAUGCAUUUCCUAUUUUGCUGAAUAUAAUUUUGCAUUAGACUUAGUUAAUAUUACCAUUAUUCUUGUCCUUAGAGAGCUGCCUUUGUAAUAUACUUAAAGAAUGUCCUAAUUGUAUAUGUAGUUAAGCCAUUAAGUAUAAUUUUUGUUUCGAUAAUAAGAGCUUGAACCACAACACAAAAAAACAAACGCCCCCACAAAAAUCGAACUACAAAGCAACAAAAUAAUAGAAUUGGCCUCAGGCAUUAAACAGUAAUGAAAGGGAGAAAAAAUAGUCAGGGAUAUUUUUUAUAAAACAAAAUUUGCUAAGAACUUGAUAGGGAAGUGUUUUUUAAGAUGCGCAUUGUACGUAUUAUUUGGUAGACGCAUUCGAAUACAAGUUCCCAAUUAUUCUGGGAGCUAGGCAUUUGAUAAACCAAAAUCUUACUUUCUAUAUGCACAAAAUUCCAAGCUUCAGUGCCUUAACGCAAACACAAAAA